AUGGCAACACCGACGGUGCGGACGUGCCUCCUGCGUGCCCUGAACACACAGUCCCGGCGGAGAUUCUGUAGCCAGCGUCGGCCAAGCGGAUGCUGGCCGCCUUCCUUUGCCCGCCUCGCCAGCAGUAGCAGCAGCAAGGGCGGAGAGUGCCGAGGCCGGCCGAGCGCCCCCUGCCUGCAGGGGGACUACUGGGAGUUGCAGGAGCGGGCGCUCAGAGAGCCUGGGCUCUUCUGGGGGGCGCUGGCGCGGGAGACGCUGCUGUGGGACACCCCGCACCACACCGACUGCGAGUGGGACUUCGCUAGGGGCCACGUCCGCUGGUUCCUGGGCGGCCGCUUAAAUGUGGCGGUUAAUUGCUUGGACCAGCAUGCACAUCAUUCUCCAAACAGAGUGGCUUUGAUCUGGGAAAAAGAUGAGCCUGGCACUGAAGAGAAAAUUACUUACAGGGAGCUUCUGGAUAUGACCUGCCGUCUUGCUAAUACCUUGAAGAAAAAUGGUAUUAAAAAGGGGGACCGAGUCGCUAUCUAUAUGUCUGUGUCUCCACUGGCAGUGGCUGCUAUGUUGGCUUGUGCAAGAAUUGGUGCUAUUCACACAGUGGUUUUUGCUGGAUUCAGUGGACAAUCCUUAGCAGGAAGGAUCAAUGACUCUGAAUGCAAAGCAGUUAUCACCUAUAACCAGGGACUCAGAGGAGGACGGAUUAUAGAGCUGAAGAAGACUGUGGAUGAAGCUGUAAAGAACUGUCCAAGUGUCAAGUGUGUCUUUGUGGCUCAGAGAACAACUAACAAAGUCCACUUGGGGAGUCAUGAUAUUCCCCUUGAAGAAGAGAUGGCCAAGGAGUCCUCAGUUUGCCCCCCUGAAAUCAUGGACAGUGAAGACGUGCUUUUUAUGCUUUAUACCUCAGGAAGCACAGGGAAACCUAAAGGGAUUGUUCACACCCAGGCUGGCUAUCUGCUUUAUGUUGCUUUAACACACAAGUAUGUAUUUGAUUACAAGCAAGGCGAUGUUUUUGGCUGUGUGGCUGAUAUUGGCUGGAUCACAGGACACAGCUAUGUUGUAUAUGGGCCCCUCUGCAAUGCAGGCACCACGGUUCUGUUUGAAAGCACACCAAUUUAUCCUGAUCCAGGUCGCUAUUGGGAAACUGUACAGAGGUUAAAAAUUAAUCAGUUUUAUUGUGCCCCCACUGCAUUGCGAUUGCUACUGAAGUAUGGAGAUGAAUAUGUGAAGAAGUAUGACCGAUCUUCUUUAACUACCCUUGGAUCAGUGGGAGAACCGAUAAACCAUGAAGCUUGGCAAUGGUUCUAUGAUGUGGUAGGAGAUGGACGGUGCACCCUUGUGGACACUUGGUGGCAAACAGAAACUGGUGGCAUUUGUAUUGCUCCUCAUCCUUCAGAGGAAGGAGCUGAGAUUGUUCCAGCUGUAGCAAUGCGGCCAUUCUAUGGCAUUACCCCAGUAUUGCUGGAUGAGAGGGGAAAAAUUAUAGAAGGCAACAGUGUCUCUGGUGCUCUCUGCAUUGCACAGCCAUGGCCUGGUAUAGCAAGAACCAUCUAUGGAGAUCAUCAAAGAUUUAUAAAAGCUUACUUCAAAACCUACCCAGGUUACUAUUUCACAGGAGAUGGUGCUCACAGAACCAAAGAAGGCUAUUACCAGAUAAUAGGGCGAAUGGAUGAUGUUUUGAACAUCAGUGGACAUAGACUUGGAACUGCAGAACUUGAAGAUGCCAUGGAUGAACAUCCUGAAGUACCAGAAGCAGCUGUGAUUGGUUAUCCCCAUGAGCUCAAAGGGGAGGCUGCAUUUGCUUUCAUAGUGCUAAGGGAUGACACUGCUCAUCCAGAAACGGUUACCAAAGAGCUUAAAGCAAUAGUUGCUUCUAAAAUAGCCAAGUAUGCUGUGCCUGAUCAUAUUCUGGUGGUAAAGCGCCUUCCCAAAACUCGAUCUGGGAAAAUCAUGAGACGAUUGCUUCGGAGAAUAGUGACAGGCAAUGCCAGUGACCUUGGAGAUAUCACCACACUGGAUGACCCCAGCGUCAUCAAAGAAAUACUUGACACAUAUGAGAAAUACAAAGUUAAGCAUCCUACUUUAUAACAAGGAACCAUGGAAAUUUGCUGUUAGAAACUGAAGGAACAAAAGUCACAUCAUUGGGUUUUGUUUCUUUCUAUGAAGACCAGAAGAUUAUCCUCCUAAAACCAUCCAAUAGAUUAGAAUAGUCUGCCUCUAACACAUACUUCCAUGUGUUGCCUUUCUUUGUCCAUUAAUCACCAUAGAAGAUACAGUUCAGAGAAACAUACUGAGUCUUUAACAUAUUGAAGAUUGCACUAAAACCAUAAUUGUGGAACCUCUGAGCAGCAAACAUGACUUUAGCCUUGAUAUCUGUGCCCCAAAGAAAAUAGGAAGCUCCUCAUUGAGCUUUUUUAAAUAUAAAAGAGAAAACACUCUCUGAAUAUUCCUGACUAUUUAGGUAGAUUGAAUUUAUCAUUGUUUGAAGUAAUUGGAUUUUCAAGCACUCGCAAUCACAGAUACAGAUAUUUGUAUUUCUGUUUUAAAAGAUAAUGCAAUUUUCUCAUUUUUAGUUUACUGAUUUUAAAACUUUUUAGUCAUGCAUGCAUAGUUGUGAAAAUUAAUUGGCUGACAGAUCAAGCGGAAAAGAAGGGAUGGUGAAUUGUUACAAACUGUAGUGCCAUUAGUUGUGAAUUCUGAACUUGACUCAAAUAUCCUGUUUUGUAUGAAGAAAAUCUUGACCUUUUCUUCAAAAUGCUUUGGGAUUUGGGAAUGAAAAUGCGCCCUGAGUCAUCCCAACAUGUAGUCUGUGGCAGUUGUUUUCAUUACAUCUCAAACCACUGAAAGUUGUAUUGUGCCAUGAUCCUUUUUGGGUGAUCAUUUUUUUGCUACACAAAAAUCAGGGAAAACAGUGAACAUUUUCCCAAUUACUGCUAAAUUGCACUUGUGACCCAUAUAGGUUUCUUUUAAAAAUUGCAUUAAAAAGACAGAAAAGCCCCUUCAUGUUAUCUGCAAAUACAUUAAUAUGUGAAAAAAAAGUCUUGCAAUGUGAAAGGAUGGUGUCCAGGGAAAUCUGUAAUAAAAGCCAGGAAUGAACCAGCA